AUGUGUGACCAUCAAGAAAAAGACCACAAGCGUGGAAAGCCUGCAAACUCAAAAUCUCAACCAGCGAAGAACCAUCACCAAAAUCAAGGCCGCCAUCAACACCACUACAAGAAAAAGUCCCACCAUUCUGAUGCCACUCAUAGUCAAGACACCCAUUCAUCAGCAGAGGACAGCCUCUUCAGCGAUCACCAGCCCGACCAUCGACCCGACCAUCGACGGCCAAGUGUCACUGACCAGACUCAUCAUCCUCCCUCUCACCAUAAACAUCACAAGCAAAGUCACCACCGUGCUUCUCUCACAGAAGCCUCCCUGAGUUCCUCCACUAGUUCCUCCUCACACUCCUCUUCCUCCUCCUCUUCGUCAACAUCGUCCUCCCCUUCCUCCUUCUCCUCUUCUCCCCUCUCUUCCUCCUCCUCAGCAUCUUCCUCCAGCCUGUCCUCUGACUCCAGCAGUGAGCGUUUGGACAGACAUCCACUGAGGAGGCCUCAGCACUCACAGUCCUGUACUGAUAUUUCAGGGAAACGCAGGUAUUCUGAAGAAGGAGACGACACAGCCCCGUUGAUAGAUGAAGGGGGUGAUCAAAACAAGCAAUCGGCCAGACAGAAAACAGAGAAAGGCAAGUCCUCUCGCAACAGACCGACCCACAGUAAAAGGCAGAAGAUUGCGAGAGGCUCUGGAAAUGAUGUCCGCAAGUCCAAAUCCAUGGAGGCUCUCACUGGACCCAAAGACAGUGAUGGCGAUGGAAGUUUGGAUGACAUUGAACAAGAAACAAGUAAAUGUGAAGCCAAGAAGAAUUUAAUGAAGGAAAAAAAGAAGUUCUCCGCCUUUCUGAAUGAGAUCACUCGGCAGGUGCUCAGCCCGAUGAGACUCACCACCCUCGGGGUCACAGAUGCUCAAAGACACUGCAGUCCACGGCAGGCCUCCUCCUCCAAAGCCAGUACGAUAGACAGCCGCACUGAGAAACACAGACAGCAUAGGAUUCGGCCCACCAGUGCAGACUCAGUAACCUCCAGCAGACACUCCCACACCAGUCAGCACUCCUCUCGUCUCUCUAACUCUAAGUCCUUCCCACACCACCACAGUUAUGAUUCUGCAGACUCCACCGAUCACAUGUAUCACAGGCCCAGAAGCUGCACCGACAUAAGAGGUUUGAAAAAACCUCACACGCAGACUCCUCAGCAUCACAACCGCUCUUGUUCUUAUAAAGCCCAAGUCCUCAGCAUCACCACGGACACCGCCGUCAUCAUCAUCGUCAUGGUGAUCACCAUAGCCCAACCCACCACCACGGUGAACACCACAACACUUUUCAGCACCACAGAGGCCACCACAGCCCAUCCCAUCACCGUCACUAUGGAGACCAUCAUCAUGGAGAUUGCUACAGCCCAACUAUGGACCACAGUGCAACUCAUCACCACCAUCGUCAUGGAGACCAUCAUUAUCACCAUGGGAAGGACCAUGGCCACGGUCCACACCAUCACCAUGGAGACCACCAUAGUCAUGCUCCUCACCAGAAAGAUAAUACAACUCAUCAUUAUCAUCAUGGAGACCCCCCCAACACAAGUCAUCGUCAAGAAGGUUGCCACACCCCAACACAUGAUGAUGAAGAUCACAAUUCAGCACAGAGAUCAUCACAGCCCACCACAUCACCAUCACCAUGGAGACGACCACAGCCCACCACAUCACCAUCACCAUGGAGACGACCACAGCCCACCACAUCACCAUCACCAUGGAGACGACCACAGCCCACAACAUCACCAUCACCAUGAAGACGACCACAGCCCAACACAUCACCAUCAUUAUGGAGACGACCACAGCCCACCACAUCACCAUCACCAUGGAGACCAUCACAGUGAGGGCCAUCACCAUGGAGACCACCAUAGUUCAGGCCAUCAGCAUCAUCAUGGAGACCACCACAAUUCAAGCCAUCAGCAUCACCAUGGAAACCAACACAGUUCAGGCCAUCAGCAUCACCAUAGAGACCACCACAGUUCAGGCCAUCAACAUCACCAUGGAGACCACCAUGGUGGAUCACAUCCGCAUCACCAUGAAGACCACCAUACUGAAUCCCAUCAGAAUCACCAAGGAGACCACCACAUUGAAUCUCAGCAAUAUCCCCGAGGAGACCACCACAGUCCAGGACACCAGCAUCACCAUGGAGACCACCACGCUGACACUCAAGAGCAUCACCAAGGACAUCCGUUGCAUCUCAACCAAACCUACUCCAAAAACAAGGACCACGACCAUGAUGGCCAUGAUGACCACCACACUCAUCUAAAGGGCCAUUCUGAUGACAGUCCUCCUUCACACAAGAAGCCAGAGUCUCUCUCUAAAGCAGACUCAGCCAAGAAGACCCUGAGCACCUCCAGCCUGGAGGAGGAACGGACUAGUUUCACUGACUCAUCAGCACAUAAGGAAGAAGCACAUGAGAUGGGUAGAAUAAUAGUACUACAGGAGAAGAAUGAAGGUCUGCAUGAAAAUUUGCUGAAAACAGCAGUGAGGAUGGAAUGUCUGGGAGAGGAGUUUGUGAACAGCCAAAAGAUUUUGGAGGCAGAACUUCAGAAGACACGUAUGGAGCUCAGCAGCCUCGCCGAUAAAUUUAAGAGACUCCAUGACAGCUGCUCCUCAACACAACAGACCAAUAAUCUCCUGCAGCUAAAGCUAAACUCAGUGGCUCAGAAUAUGGAAGGAGAACGCGAGAGGUUGAACCAUCGUAUCUCAGCGUUGAUGGAGCAGCUCGCUGAUGCCAAAUUUGGCAACAGUGUGGAAACAUUCAAAGCAGCAUCUGUCCAACACAAAACCAACAUCCACUUUCAGUCAGACGAUUCCAUUAAUCCAGUGGGUCUGCCCAUCGCUCCCCCUCCAGCUCAGUUCAUGGACACCCAUAACUACGGGAACACUAACGCCAGCAGCCAGGACCAGUCUCUAGGGUCAGUUCCAGAGGAGGAGGAAUCCGACUGGUCAGAGAUUGGGGACGAGAUCCCACGAUUUAUACUGACAGGAUCGAAUAGAAUUCAUGCGUGGAGACACCAAGAAGCAGACGUGGACAAAGACAGCGAGUCAGGGGGUGAGGAAACUGUAGGCCUGCGGUCUGCAAGACUGCGGCAGACAUCUCAUCUCCAGUUCAAAAUCCAUAAUGAGAUUUUAACAGCACCGCAAAGCAAUGCUUGCCCUUCUGGCUUUAAGAAUCUGUCUGACAGCAUGACAGCUGAGGGCAAUUACAGGAUCACCUCAAGUCCAAGCCUUGGCUCCUCCAUCCUGAUCCGGUCAGCCAGCCUGGAGGAAAUUCCUCUGGCACGGCAUCACAUGCAAAAGGAGCUGAGGGGCACCGAGGCCAUGAUGGACCUCCACCACCCCCGGGAAGACGUUAUCGGGGAUUUAGAUAAUGAGAUCAUUCAUCAUUGGAGAACAAACAGUGACAGGGAGGCAGCUAUGGGGAUGCUGGCGGAGAGCAGGAUGUCAGAUGUAAAUAGUGGCCUGGCCAGCCUGCAGACGGCUGAGCUGAUGCUCAACCACUUCAUACGUGAAUCACAGACCAGUGACGGCAAAGGUCAGGGCAGGGCGGAGGUGCGCGGCUGGAUGGGAGGGAUUCCAGACGAGGUGUUGAAAGUGGAGCGAACUAAGCUGUGA